AUGCCGCCAAAACAAGCUACUCUGGGGUAUGUGAGGCCAUCUCAGACUACGAUAGGGAAAUUCUUCGGCCAGCCCAACGGCUCCAAGCCCGCACCAACCCAACAGUCCAAACUCUCUUUCGCAACAAAGCCCACAAAAAAGGCAAAAGAGGACUCGGAAGUAUUGUCUGCCAAUUCGAGCCCACGAUCCUCGAGAGUGAAAACCGAUCCCGAUGCUGCAAAGAAGACUACUCCCAAGAAAGAUACCAAGAAACGUUCGCGAUCUAUCCAAUCUCCUGAGCCUGCUUUGGAAAUAUCAUUAGCGAAAGUCAAAGUCGAGGAACCAGAGACGGAUUUGGAGAAGGAGGAGGACGAUGACGAAGUGGCGCCUGCCCCAAAACGCCGCAGAGGAAACCGGAAACGAGUUGAGGACGAAGAGGAUGAAGAUGAGAGCAUGCCUGAUGUCAAACCAGUGAAAUCAAAAAGUAAAACCCCCAACAAAGAAGUCUCCGAUAAGUCUUCCCCUUCUGCCUCACCGUCGAAGAAAAAGCCAGCGCCGAAAGUCGAGAAAGGCAAUAAAAUAAAAGAAGCGGUGGACUCUGAGUCUGCAUCAGAGGCUGAGAAAGAAGAAGAUGAAGAGGAGGAGGACCCCAAAGCUGCAGCUAAGACUCGUGAAAAGCUUCAGACCAAGCUAAAGACUAAAGCUAAGGACCCCUAUCCCGACUGGAAGGCCGGCGAACCUGUUCCUUACGCAGCUCUCUGUACGACCUUUUCACUUAUUGAACUUACUACAAAGCGACUAAUCAUCACGGAACACUGUGCCCUGUUCCUUCAACAAGUACUUAGGCUAACGCCAGAUGAUUUCCUUCCCACUGUACUUCUCAUGAUAAAUAAGCUUGCGCCAGACUACGCUGGUAUUGAGCUGGGUAUCGGAGAGUCUUUAAUCAUGAAAGCUAUCGGGGAGACGACAGGCCGCAGUUUGCAGGUCAUCAAGGUGGACCAGAAGGAAAUUGGCGAUCUUGGACUUGUUGCUGUCAAGAGUCGAUCGACCCAGCCGACUAUGUUCAAACCCAAGCCACUUACUGUAAGAGGUGUCCAUAAAGGCCUCAUGGAUGUUGCUACCGUGACUGGUAAUGGAGCACAAGGGAGAAAAGUGGAUUUAAUCAAGAAGAUGCUUUCAGCUGCCGAUUCGCACUCGACUAGCAAAGUCGAUAUAUCCAAGGAUAAAGGAGGGCCAAGUGAAGCCAAAUAUCUUGUUCGGUUUCUCGAAGGGAAAUUACGGCUUGGGUUGGCAGAGAGGACAGUACUAGUGUCAAUUGCACAGGCAAUGCUGUCCCAUGAGUUCGAACAAAAGGGCAAAACUCCAACCACAACCCAGAUUGAGGAGGCAGAAGCCCUUCUCAAAUCGGUUUAUAGUGAGCUACCCAGCUGGGAUGUCAUAAUACCGGCAAUGGUCAAGGACGGCAUUAUGAACUUGAAGGAUACCUGCAAACUACGACCAGGAGUUCCACUGAAGCCUAUGCUCGCCAAGCCUACUAAAGCCAUUACUGAGGUUUUGGAUCGCUUUGAAAACCAGACUUUUACCUGCGAAUACAAGUAUGACGGCGAAAGAGCCCAGAUCCAUUAUGUUUCCAAGGACCGUUCGGAUGACUAUAUCGAGGCGUUGCCAUCCGCUACAAAAGAAGCUGCAAAAGGUGUUGCAUCUAUUUUCUCGCGAAAUUCCGAGGAUCUGUCAAAGAAAUACCCCGAUAUUCUUGCCAAACUCGAUACAUGGGUGAAGGAGGGCACCAAGAGCUUCGUGCUGGACUGCGAGACAGUAGCCUGGGAUGUUACAGAGAAGAAAGUCCUGCCCUUCCAGCAGCUUAUGACGCGAAAGAAGAAAGACGUCAAGGUGGAAGAUGUCAAAGUCAAGGUCUGUGUCUUUGCUUUUGAUCUUCUGUUCUUAAACGGUGAGGCUGUGGUUGAGAAGUCAUUACGGGAACGUCGUGAGCUUUUGCAUAAGGCUUUCAGGCCCGUCGAGGGCGAGUUCGCCUUCGCAACUCACAUGAAUGGGCAGGAACUUGAGGAAAUUCAAGUGUUCCUAGAUGAGAGCGUUAAGGCUUCCUGUGAGGGUCUUAUGGUGAAGAUGUUAGAUGGAUCCGAAAGUGGGUAUGAACCAAGUAAACGAAGUCGUAACUGGCUCAAGAUUAAGAAAGAUUAUCUCUCUGGGGUAGGUGAUUCCCUCGACCUGGUCGUCUUGGGUGCCUACCACGGUAAAGGCAAACGAACCUCGGUCUACGGAGCUUUCCUUCUAGCGUGCUACAACGCCGCAUCAGACACCUAUGAGACGGUUUGUAAUAUCGGCACCGGAUUUUCGGAGCAAGUUCUAGAGGACCUACAUAAACAACUCUCAGACAUCGUUAUCGAUCGCCCAAAGCCAUUUUAUUCCCAUUCCUCUGGCGGUCAGCAUCAACCCGAUGUUUGGUUCGAGCCGCGGUACGUAUGGGAAGUCAAGACCGCAGAUCUGACUCUAAGCCCGCGGUACAAGGCAGGCUGUAAAGAGGGGGUCGACCCGUCAGGCGACAAGGGAAUCAGUUUGCGGUUUCCCCGAUUCAUCAAAGUCAGAGAUGAUAAGAAGCCAGAUGAGGCGACAAGUAGUCGACAGGUCGCAGAAAUGUACAGAAAGCAGGAGAGCGUUACGAAAGGACCCUCAGUGGAUGACGAUUUCGAGUAUUAG